UCACUCUCCGAAGGGAACAGAAGCGACAAUUGGAACACUAAUCAAAAGUUUUUAACCGAUAGCAAAAUAUGGCUUCCUCUGACUCUGGCAAGUUGCCAAUUUUUUUAAGAAGGAAGAAGUUUUCUCUGUUUAUGUACAAUUUUGUAUAUGAAUGUUGUUUUUAUUAUGGUUAAAUAUUCAUCAAAUAUGUUAACAAGUUAUCAUCCAGAUUACUAUUCAAUUGACGAUAUUCUUGCUACUCAGGAACGGGUUCUCUGCAAAUUUAUUCAACAAGUUCCCAGGAUGGGCAAGCUGAACCCCUCAGUUGAAGAAAAAAACUUAGCAAUUGGUACAGAAUUAGAAUUGCCUCUGUGGUUGGCAUUAGAUAUAUCUGCUACACGUCAGCCUGUUGUGAUUCCAGAAUUACCAAAAAUAUUUAAAGAAGCUUAUAGGGAAAUUCUGAAAGCAGAUGCUUCUGCGGUCGAUUUGCACAAAUUUAAUCUAUAUUUUUAUGAGUUGGGCUCCUACAUAAAACACAUGGAUCGGAGAGAAGAAGUGCACAAUAUUUUACUACAUACAUUUAUUACAAGAUUUAGACUAAUAUUGGAUUUAGCCCACAAUUCAAAAUCUGAUCCCAUAGUUCAACAACGCUUGGAUUCAUUAGAGAGGAAGCUGUUUUUAUGUGGCUAUAAUUCACAAGUCAAACUGAAUUCGUGGCUUGUACAAUCUAAUGCGCCAAUAGAAGCUGCCACUAUGGUUACAACACAUAGGAAGAGGAAAAGAGUUUAUAUAGAUAUAUUUAAUUAGAAGCAUUUUUAUAUUCUAAUUAUCCUUUAUGUGAAUGAAAAACAAUAUUAAAUAAAACUUAAA